AUGAACAUAUUUACCAUCCCUGUACCCUCUCCAUUAAGUCUCUGGACAACCGUACAUUCGCGUGGCGCAUUUAAUGUUGCUGGUUCAUUUGCUGCAUUAUGGGCCCUUGUCAAAGUGUUAAGGAUGCUUCGCUGGCGAGUGAAGACGACUCAACUGUUGGGUCCGCCUCGUACCAGCCUCGUAUAUGGCGUUUCGCGCGACAUUGGCUCAUCUCACGACAGAGCUGCAAUCUAUGAACGUUGGGCGACGGAAUAUGGGGUAGCAUAUAUGACUCCGAGCGUCCUCGGGCAGACUAACGUCGUGCUGUGUGAUCCGAAAGCUAUUGCACAUUUCUACACUCGAGAGACAUGGACUUAUGUGAAGACGCCCCUUACGUUGGCGUUUCUGGAGUCAUCAGUUGGCAAAGGGCUACUAUGGGCUCAGGGCGAAACUCACAGAAGGCAGCGGAAGGCCCUCACACCAGCAUUCAGUAAUGCGGCGAUUCGAAAACUCACAUCGGUGUUUUAUGACUCAGCGUACAAGGCCAAAGGAAAAUGGGAUACUAUUAUAGAAUCGAGCAAAGAUGACGAUGCAGUCAUCGAGGUCCAGAACUGUUUGGACACAGUUGGCAUUGCUGGUUUCUCCCAUGAUUUUGGUUCGCUCGAUGGAAAGCGCGUCAGCGUGGCCGAAGCGUUUAAUACAUUCGGAAGCAACCAACCUUCAGCAGUGCACAAAGCUUUUAUCCUGCUUGCAUCAGUAUUUCCUAUCAUUCUCAAGAUUAUCCCCAACAAGCGGAAGAAUCUGUUCAAGAAACUUGGCAUAACCAUGGAACAAAUAUCUAACGAGUUAUUGAUUCGCAGCCGCCGGGAGAAGGACGCGGAUAUCAGUCAGGGAGGCGAGGAGAAUUCCCUCAUCGGAUUGUUGAUUAAAUCUGAAGGUCAGGAUGCCGAGCUUCAUAUGUCGGCGGAGGAAGUAGUGGCUCAGAUGAAGGUCUUGCUUCUCGCGGGUUAUGAGACGACAUCCAGUGAGUCAUGGGCGCUAAUCGAGCUAUCACGACACCCCGAUGUUCAAACCAGGCUCAGAGAGGAACUGCUUGCCUUUGGCCCUGAUCCGACAUAUGACCAAUUAAAGGCCAACCUCCUGUACCUGGAUGCGGUUGUGCAUGAAACCCUACGACUUCAUCCUCCCGUGCCAGAAUCCACUCGUCUUGCAGCGGCAGAUGACGUUAUUCCCUUGAGCGAACCUGUGCGCACGGCGUCCGGCAACAUGACGGAUAGUAUAUCUAUAGCGAAAGGGACAUUGAUCACGAUAUCAAUCGGGGCAAUCAACCGCUCUUCGAUCAUCUGGGGACCUCACGCAAAGGAAUUUAAACCUGACCGUUGGCUGACUGAAGACGGCAUCAGUGGGAAGGCCAAGGAAGUCCAAGGUCACAGGCAUCUGCUGACAUUUGUUGAUGGCCCGAGGGCGUGUCUUGGAAAAGAUUUUGCGAUCAUGGAAUUCAAGGCGGUUUUAUCUGUUCUGGUGAAGAACUUCGUGUUUGAGAUGCGAGAUGGACAAGAUACCCCCGUCGAAAUUGUCAGGGGAAUCUUACUUCGUCCACGGGUUGCUGGAGAGGAUGGUACUGGAGUGCCUUUGAGAGUUCGUCGGUAUGAAUGAUUGGUUGCGCUGGACCUUUGAAGGCUGGUUGACAUAAAAUAUCAAUUUGAUCACUUUGCUUGAAAUCAUUAGGAAUUUUGUCCGCUCAUACUACCCGACCUAGGCACCUGCCAUGGCCACUCAGCUUGUACUCCAGAAACUUUCAAGUUGUAUUAAGCACUUGUAAUGCAAAGCACUACCUUCCCUCGAGCUUAUCCGCGAUAUGAUAGAAUACCGCGCAUAUGUUCAUUUGCGCGUGGAUGGUUCAGACCCCGGGCCCCAAGUUCAAGCUACUUAGUAACGCCCCGAGCUUCAUAAAUCCACACAGUUGUGGAGGAUCUUUGGCAGUUGCGAGGUAAUCACGCGACUAUGGUGUGGUAUUGAGAAAGGUACGUAACUGCGUAUCGUACCGACAAUUGGGUAUGGAAGAAAAUUAACACCGACAUCAAGCUUGCCAAUGGUCUUUCGCCCAGAGUUGAA